GAGGGCGGAAAGCCGCACCCCGGUGAGAAAAGUUGGCCUACGCAGCAGCAGCAACAGCCAAUGACUCUCCGCGAGCAGCUCCAAAAACUCGUUUCGCAGAAACUCGCCGCAAAGGGUGAGCUUGACCAUGCCGGGCUUUUGGCUUUGGAAACGCUCAGCAAGAUGGCACCGGAGGGCGAAGUGGAUCCAGUUGGUGGAUCAUCUGCUGGUGGUGGUGCUAGUGUUGGUGUUGUUGACUCUCGUCCUAGGAGAAUCCUCCCGCCUGGCAUCGAGAAAUUGACGAAAUUUAGCGGCAAGGAUCCUGGUGCUGUGUCCGACGUGCUCAACAGAUUCCACUCCCUUGUCGUCGCGGCCCUGCCUGGCAGCUCGCCUGGCACAGUGAAUAAGGCUCUGAACCGAGAUGUCGUGUUUGUCUUGGAGGGUGCAGCCCUGAAGUUCUUCAAAUUGCUGAAAGCAGGACAGAUAGAGUGGGAACCUACCCCGCCUCCCUCCCUCCAGCAGCGGGGGGCAGAGGCGGGAGCAGGGGGCGUUCAGCAACAACCAGGAAAGCCACCUUUCCGGCCCCCGUCGACCUGGGCUGAAGUCUACAAUGCUUUCCACGACCACUAUCUGCCGGCGGAUGGCAUCGCACGGACAUCAGACACACUAUUUUCACUUCGCCAAGCUGCAGACGAAUCCGUCCCGACGUUGGUCCAGCGACAAAUGGGCCUGACCAAUCACUUGAGCCGGUUAAUUGAAGCCAACGGGGGGCAGACAACUUUUUGGGAAGCAAUCAUGAUACGGUUGUUCGAGAGAGCGCUCCGCGCCGACCUGCAGCGGCUUCAGCACGCGGAGCCUCCGUGCCCGACUUUUCAGGAAAGUGUUGACCGUGCAGAUCGUAACGCUCUAAGAUUGGAGAAGGAGAAGAGUAAGAGAAGGAAUGAUGCUGGCGAAGGAGGUGGCGGUGGAGAGCGUCCGCCAGAGGACAAUCGACUUCGCCUCGGCACGAAACCGCAGGGCGGCAGCAGUGGUGUGGGAGAGGGGAAGGGAGGGGUGCAAAGUUCAGAUGGUUCGAAAGGACCAGCGCUUGUCGGGUCUUCUUCAUCGUUGGCCAGGGGUCCGCUGACCUUGUCGGGUACCUUUGAAGACGUGGCUCCUGUUGUAGGGGGCUUCCAGCCCCCACACGGGAAGACAGAGAAAAAACUUGGUGGAGGAGGCGCAGGAGAGGGACGUGAGGGUGAUCGACUUCAGCACGGUAGUAAAACGCAGCGCAACAGUGACGUAGGAGAUGGGAAGGAACUGGUGCACGGCUGGGGUGGCUUGAAGGGGGCAGCGCAUGCCCGGUCUCCUUCUGUGGUCAGGGGUCCGCUUACCGUGCCAGGUGACGUUGAAGGCGAAACUGUUGCUGUGGGGAGCUUCCAAACCGGACACGGGAGAAGUGCAGACCGAAACGGCGGUGGAGACCGGGAAAGGGCCGAGAGCAUCUUGUCUGACGAUGAGUCCCGAUCCACCCCUGCUUGGCAAGAAGAGCCGGAAGAACAAGUAGUGCCUGGAGGAUCUGGGGAGUGGGGCGAUGGUGGUGAGGUCAAACACGAUCGCAGCCGUGGGUCGCGAGGCAAGAAGUCUCAAAAGCGAACGCGGGAUUGGCAAGAAGACCAGGGCCGCAAGCGGGACAGGCAAGAAGACCAGACCCCUUCGCGGAACAAGCAAGAAGGCCAUCAUGCCCGUGCCCAGCGUCGUCCAUCUCAGCCCCACCGGCGGCGGCAGCCAGUUCCCGACAACGUACUGCCGUGUACCAAUCCAGCGUGCAAGGCGAAGCGAAAAACUCAUUCUUCGAACAUCUGUUUUUACCACCCAGACCCGGCACAAGCUCUACGAAACCGGAUGAGAAGGAAAGACAUAUUCUUGAAGACCCAUGCUAUGGAGGACGCGGGUAACGAUGCGGGUAGUGGGCUCCACAACAAUUUCGACGAACCUGAGUUCUAGGGGGCGCUGAAUCACCUCUACUGAACUUAAGUUUGGCAGGAUGACGGAUGGCCGUAGGCGCUAGCCGGGCAAUUGAAUAUGGAACGAGAGGGCGUGGGUGAAAGGUCGAGACGGCUUCGCAACUUCCAGCACGGGUUUGUCGACGACCCAUCGGGAGUCACCUUGAUAUCCGCAUAAGCGCGGUGCUUCGUGCAUGCGUUUGUCGAAGGAGCAGUUGAAGGUCAACCUCUACUCAAAUGGCCGACACGUAGAGACAAGAGGACGGCGUAAAGGAUGAUGGGCCAGCUUGCCGGCGUCAAAGCAGUGUUAUUGGACCGAUGUACGAAAGGAGACAAUUGACGAGAUUUCCCACAUUUACCUGGACCGUUGUGCACCAGAGUGUCGAAGGCGAUCCUUCGUAGAAAAAUCCUACGACUAGCGGCAUCGCAGAGACUUGGGGUCAAGGUCUGAUGACCUCGAUAUUAAGCUCUAGUGGGAUGUGCGCUUGUCACACGUGCAACAGCACAAUGUGGCCUUCGCUGGGAGCCGUGCUCCCUUCUACGCGCUGGAAUUUCGACUUUUGAGAAGUCUAACGGCAUGUCCGCCGUUGUCAUUACAAGUAGGGUCAGGGACCUUCGCGUUACAUAAGUUUCGCAUGCCAUAGCCUUAUGGUGGAACUCCACUUCCCGUGUUGUCGGAUGUACGUCGUAUAGAAGUGGGAUAAUUCUACCGAACGUUUGAUGACGUGGUUGAUCCGAAGAAACCUCCCUUGUAUUUUUUAGUUUAUACUUCGCACCACUUUUGCUGUAGCCCUCGAAAGCACCGGCUGCCUUACAGGCAGCUAUGAUUUGCAUCGUGAGUUUCUGCCCAGACAUAUGUGUGCAUGCAUAUUAAGAAGCUUGACCGGGUGACUGUGUGUGCGUGAAUCGUUGCGUUGCAAAUAUGGGCAAAAAUGCAACCAUCUCGAGGACUGGGAAGAUACGGC